AUGACUUUUUAUGAAGAUCCGGAUCACCCAUCUUGCGAUGUGUCUAGAGCGACUCUACUACCACUACGUAGCCGAGGCCUGCCAAAGGACAUCAGUAAUGUGAUAAAGUCCCUAUUGUGUUUUCAGGAGAAUGACUUCUUUAUGGUUCCUAGAUCUUCUUCAAUGACUAAAUUGGGGACAUCACCGCCCAAGAGAGGCAGCCCAUACUCACGAGCCGUAAACGUGCCGUCACCUCGGCGCUCCGCUUUGCAGUUCAAACAAAGAGUCCACGUUAACAGCACCUCUGGUAGUCCGCCUUCAUCGCGCUCGCCGAGUCGUCUGCAGCGGAAAUGCACGCUUCCGGUAUCGGCCGAUGGCCUCGCAAAUGCCACAGAGCGGACGCGCUAUCGGAAUGAAGUGACGCGAAAGCUGUUGAGUAUGUACGCUGAAAUAUUACAGCUAAACCAGAGCUCUGAUCGCAUGUGCCAGCAAUUGACAGAAGCGAUGCGCACCGAUCCACGUUACGCAAAAGAGAAAGGUGGGACGGUGCGUUCAGCCAGCAAGCCCACCGAUCAGCAGGAGAAGGCGCUCAGUGGUUUCGUGUCCACCUUGGCCACUUUACAUGAAGCUUCUGUAGAGCUCGUCGCUGCCUAUCUCACUCCGGAGGAAAAACGGUUUCUAGGCCUGAAUUCACAUCUAUUCCAGACACAACAGGCAAAGGCCUCCACAUACCAGUAUAUAAGCCACUUUGCAACCGGGAAACGCGACCCUAAGAAGCGAUCCAAGCCGAACCCAACGGAAGCCCGUGAGGAGGCUCAGCCCUCGGGGGGUUCUGCUUCACCGGUACCGGAGGUCCAAAAGGUGAGCAGCGCGGUGUUGGAUUUCUUAGCGGCCUCGCGGCUCCUGAAGUGCCGCAACCACAAUGAUAAACGAUCGGCGGAUUUACCGACGGAUAGGCGACCCCAGCAGCUUAGUAACCCUUCCUUAAGGGCAUAUGACGAUCAGCCCUCCCGACCCGCAGCCAGUGCCCUUACAACUCCUCAGUCACGACUGACUCUUCCGCAGGAGCCGGUCGCGACGGCGCCUGGAGGCGCGAUUCUGCCCGAGUCGACCCCUGAGCGCACCAACAGGGCCUCGGGUUCCGAUAUAUCGCUGACAUCGGAGCGGCAUAUCGCCUCGGAGACUUCAUUGGCUCCCCCCAACGCGGUGCCACUGGGGGGAAGCCCGGCACUAAUACCGCCCACAGAGGCGUCAUCCCAUAAGAACGAACCCCCAUCCUUUAAAAUAAUUAAUGGCAAGCGUCAUGUGCUUACAGGGAAGAUGGUGCCAUUAUCAGGGAACGACAUUCUCACGCAUCACAUGGCCCCUCCGGUUGAGCUGGUAGACCAGAAGAACCUCCAUGCAUCCACUUUACCCAAAAUCCGACCUGAAUUUAAACAUUUGCAAAUCGACUCUGACAGUGAUAGCAGUACAUCCGGAUCUCAUUAA